AGCUAGCCGGCCAUGCCGGUGUGUGAACGGACGUUUGAGUGAACGGCGUGAGCGAAUUCUUUAUUUGUGACUCCCGGGUUGCGCCAGCUGCCAUAGAAAUGGCCACCACAGUGUCCAGCACGGGGCCGUUCGUAAACAUGAGCUCUUCUUCACUGUGGACGCCAUACAAAGACCUCCAGCAGGCUGUAGAAGCGGUGCUUGUACACAGGGAUGUUGAGGCCGUGGCGGACUUCGUCGCUGCGCUUCGGCGCCAUCGGCGGGAUUUCGCAGCCUUGCUGGUAAACCCGGCGCGAUGCACUCAGCAUCGCGAUGCCGUGUCGCGAGCACCGCAGGACGGAAUCGCGGUAUCCGGCAAGUCGACGCCGCAGCUGCUACCGCAGGACGUGGUGGGUGAGGCGCUGCUGCUUAGCGAGAUGUUUGAACUCAACGAGAUAGCUUCCUUGGAGUUGGUGCUAGCGGCGCAGCAGCAGUUGCCGCUUUUCCCUGAACUCACGCGUGGUUUGGUAGCCGUCCUGCUAUAUUACGACGGCCGGCGUGCGUUGGUCAAUGCACUGCGCACGCUUGUUCAGGUCACCGAGGGCCGCACCUGGACGGUCGGCCUCAACGCCGACGUGCUGGCCACUGUCACCAAGUACACCAAUGGUCUGCGCGACGAGGACGGUGUGCUGGCUCGCGCACUUCAGCUGCUCGAUCGCUUCGACUAUGCGCGCGAACUCGACAUGCUGCAAAGAAACCGCGCCCUUGGGCCACCGCGCUACCGUCGUCAGGUGCUGGACAUGAUCCAGGAGACGCAGCAAUCUCUAGCCGAGGUGGUCUUCUGUUGGGCCUGCCAGACACCGCUUUCCAAGAGCGACACCCUGGCGAUUGUGCGUUUUCUGUCGCAGCGGGCUCGGACUGCAGGUGAUGGCGCUCUCGACAGCGUAUCGCUCACGCUGCUCAUGGCGUUUCUCUAUGCACUAGACACGACACCGCUGUUUCGAGACGCCGAUUUGGCCCUGGCUUUGCAUCGCGAGUUCACGGCUUCUCAGCAGACGUGGAAGCAAGAGGCCCUGUUGCGCAUCGCACAGUUCGCUUGGGCACUCAGUCUGCGCGCCUCGUCGCAGUUGCCGGCUGCGGCUGGCCUGGAGUCAGAGCUGACCGUCUGCCUAGAAGAAGACGAGCGUCUCGUGGAUAUCGCCAUCGAGGCCCAGGUGUUUUCUGCGCUGCGGCAGCUGGUGGUGCUUUCGCCGUUGCUGCACCGCGAGGAGUUCUUCCUUAAGAAGAUGCACACGCUGCUUGCUGACUUCGUAGCCCUCAUGCCACUCAAGCUGAAAGAACUGCGCAACCAGGGUGAUGAGGCAGCGCGUAUUAUAAGCACCUAUGCUCAAAACGGCCAACCGCCGCCUGUGCAACUACCACGUCACUUCGAGCAGUUGCUGGAACUGGUUGCUGAGCUGUAUUCACAGGAUCCACUCGAACUCAGACUGGCAGAGGACUUCUGGGUUGAAGCCCCCGAGGGUGGCCACAGGCGCCAGCUGGCCAAAUUUGUGCGUCUGGCGGGUGACCUACUUCAAGCGCCACUUUUUGUGCCAUAUGUGUCGGCACUGAGCAGCCUGGCACGGUCUCGCACUAGUGCUCAGCACUGCUUUCAACUUCUCAAGAGCAAUGGCCACCUGGCAGGUUCACAAUGGAGCCCUGUUUCAUGGGACCAUUUUCUGGGAUCAAUGCACAAGUACUUCAACUGCUUGCACCCUGAAGGCCCACCUGAGCAAUACCGGGCUGCUCAGCCUGUUACAGCGCUUGAACUCCGUGCACUGGUUGCCAUGCUCAAGCUUAUGGAGACGGUGGUGCAGUAUGAUGAGCUCGCUCGACUGACUCUUGCCGAUCACCCACAUCACAGCACACUGGCGCUUCUGGCUGGCUUGAUAAGCUGUGGUGUGCCACCAGAGCUGAAAGCGGCUCUACUGCGUGCUUUAGCCGCCUUUGCCACAGCCCCCGAGUUGACGCCACGCAUCUGGCAGCUGCUAGUGCCCUGCCUGCAAGGUCUCCGUGCUGAGCUAGACGAGAUUGAAAGCCGCAAUGAAGAAUUUCCCAUCACGGCAGCGUUGCUGGUUCUGCUAGCUGCCCUGCUUGAUCAUCCUCCGGGGCCUGGCACCACACUCUUCCUGGAGCAUGUGCGUGAGGCUGUGUUUCUACGCCUUAAUGUUCGUGCGUAUCGACAUGCGACUGAGAAGUGGCAGCUGGCAGCUGCAUGUUUGAAAGUGCUGGGCAAACCUUGUGUGGAAGUACUGUUGCUUGAGUAUCUUGAAGAAGGGGGUGCACUGUCGCUGCUGCUGCACCUUCUGGAUGAAGCUGCUGGCGAGCUGGGAGACCCUGCAGAGGCCAGCCUGUGUGCCCUACAGCUUAUAGAACAAGCCCUGCAAUUACCAUUUCGUGAUCGCCCAGGGUGUUCAUUGCACCGUCUGCUGUUGACCAGCACUAACCCGCGUACACAACACCCCGACUGCGCCCGUGUGCUGGCCACCUAUGUUACCCACGGGGCUCUGCAACCACGUCAUGCCUUGUCGGCAGCACGCAUCCUGCUGCAGCUGUGCAUGCAACCGUCCUUGAUUAGCCAGGUGGAAACUGCCUUCCGGGCCGACAGGGUCCAGGUCCUCAUGCAUGGCUUUGCUGAGGCUAUUGAGGUUCCCAGCUUAGAGCUACCCGUUGGCCACGAGGACACUUGGUCCCCUGACGAGGUGCGAGCGGCCACAGCAGGGAUGCUGCUACAGCUCCUGCUAGUGUGUCUACAGCAGCAGCCUCCCGAGCAGCCGGGCUCUGGCCUAGCACAGCUCCUGCUGCUGGGGGGUGCCGAGCACACUGCCUCGCUGCAGGAGCCUGGAGUAGGAGGCCAGGCACGCACCUGCCUGCACGCCUUGCUGGCACUGCUAGAACGGCCGCCGCCACACCGUGGCAGCAGCAGAAGCAAUGGGAGUGGUGCACUGCUCGCACUCGGCUACCAGCUGCUCUGGGCACUGUGCAUCCGGCCAGCGUGUGGCGGGGACACGGCAAUGCGCUUCUUGCGCUCAUCGCGGGACUUCUUUACUCGGCACUUGGAGCUGUUGCCAUCAUGGCCGCCGCCGUUGGCCCAAGCCUGGUUUGUGCGGCUGCUGGCACUUGAGUUGCGCCUGGCAGCCAAGCAUGGGCCUCGCUCGCAUGGACAGCGCUUGGUGCGGUUACUGUUGCUGGACCGGCUGCUGCUGCGCAUGCUGGAUGGCACCAAGCCGCCGCCUUCUGCCUCUGCUGCCAAGAGAAGCGGCACAUCUUGGGAUCUGCUGGAAACAUCGCAGGUUGAGUCUCUUCUGUCAUCAUUAGAGCAGCGUGACCCAUUGGGCGGUCCCCGCAAGGUUGAUGUGGCGGCACUUCACCAGCGACUGCUUGAGGACAGCCAUGCACUGUUGGCCGUCAACAGCAAGGAAAGGGUCCAGCAGGAGGUGAAGGCGGUGCUGCAAGCUGCGCUGGAGCGAAACGCGGAGCAUGAGCGUGCCUACGUUUCACGCCAAGCAUUUAAUGCCUGGCAGCAGCUCUCCUCAGUGCUGGUGGUGUGCUGGGCAUCCCAGCUGGAUGCCCAGCUGUUGCUAGAGCUUGCACAUGAGCUCCUGGUGCCGUCGCGAACAUUAAAUGAGCAAGGACCUGCAGCUGAGCUGCUACUACUCAUUGUGGCUGCUCUUCGUCAGGGAAGCCUCACGGCCACCGAUCAGGUGUCACCCACAUCUAUAUUGGCGCUGACCCGGUCAUUGCUCCAAAGCAUGGUGGUGUCCGGCAGUGGGCAGCAGCGAUUGCGCGCCCACCUGUAUGCAGCACUGCAGCACCUCCUGCUGGGCUGGCGAGGUGGCAGCGGCGAGAGGGUUGCAUUGGCUCAGUUGGUGCAGUUGUGUGGACAGCCCCUGCGGCAGCUACUCUGCCGCGAUGCCACUGCCUCCCAUGAGGUGACACAGAUGCUCGCACUAUGCGUGCUGGAUGCCAUGGUGUCACUGGAUGCCAGGUUCUGGCUGGAACAUCUGGCACGAGACGGAUACCUGCCACAGCUGGUAGUGGCUAGUCCUGCUGCGCGGCCACACCUCCGCGAGGCGCGACUGGCACUGCUCAUGCGCAUCGCAGCUUCAGGUGGUGCACGCACACUCCUCGAGGCUGGCCUGGACUCACAGCUCUCAGCUUCCGAGUUCCUCAGGAGCGACAUGCUAUCCGUGACAGAAAGCAGUAGCAAGUCGGCACUUCGGCUGCUGCUGGCCCUGUCGGCCACACUGGGUCCCCGCUGGGGCGCAUCAUUGCUGGUCACGCACCGUGAGGUGUUGGCCGACCUGUUGGUGCAGAGGGACCCACUGGCCGCGCAACUGGUGGCACGUUUGGGGCAGCCGCCACCCCUCCCACUGCGGCAGCAGGCUUUAACACUUCUGGCCACGGCAACCGACGAACCUUCGCUGGCUGUGCCACUACUGGUGCUGGCCUGUGCAGGUAGCGAAAAUGAACCUCAACCGGACGAGGCCCUGCUGGCACGCCUGCUACGGCGAUGGGCUGGCAGUGGCGAACAGGCUCACACAGAGUUGCUUGAGCGCACGGUCUACCUGCUGUGGCGCGGACACCGCAAGAGCCCUCUAGGACCGGAUGCACAUGCCGCCUUGACUGACUAUGCCGAGCCAUUGAAUGCACAGUCUAAGUUCUGCCAGGCCUUGGUACGCCGUUUGCAAAGAAUGGCACUGAGUGUGCCAGCAACUUGAGGCUCCAGUUAGGAGGUGUCCUGCUGUCUGUGUCGUCACAUGUGUUGUUAUUUAGGCCUGUUGCUGUGUGCCUGUGUUCAGAGUUAUUGUGCAAGUGCCUAUUCUUAUAUAUAUAGGGAGAUAAGGGGAGAGAGUAUGGCUUUUCACUGAAUAAAACGAACUUGUUCGGUUAUAGUAUAAUACAAAAA